AUGAGCUCAUGCCAAACAUGUAAAGACCCCUCUAAAGUGCUACAAUCUAUAAUGUCUAUCGAUGUGCUGAGCGUUACAAAGAGACAGGAAGGUUUCCAAUUCGUGAAUGAGGUCGAAUCAGAGUCCGACAGCGACGUCGAAAUGACCAAUAACGACGAAAAACCAGAAUCUAACACGAUAGCCAAUGACGGAACCAUUGUUACGCCUGGAGAGCUGGUCACUGAUGAUCCAGUAUGGAUGCGUGGUCAUGGCACAUAUUUUUUGGAAAAUCAGACCUACGCCUCCGUGGCAGGAACAGUCUCUAGGGUGAACAGACUGCUAUCCGUAAUUCCACUACGAGGACGCUAUACUCCAGAAACAGGCGACCACGUUAUAGGGAGAAUCGCAGAAGUUGGAAAUAGAAGGUGGAAAGUCGAUAUUGGUGCCAAACAGCACGCUGUUUUGAUGCUCGGCUCUGUCAACCUCCCAGGUGGUGUACUGAGAAGGAAAUCGGAAUCCGACGAGCUUCAAAUGCGCAGUUUUCUUAAAGAGGGCGAUCUUCUGAACGCCGAGGUUCAAUCUCUGUUUCAAGAUGGUAGUGCUUCUUUGCAUACAAGAUCGCUCAAGUACGGAAAGCUAAGAAAUGGUACUUUUCUUCAAGUGCCCAGUCCCCUGGUAGUACGUUCCAAGAAGCACACUCAUAACCUACCAGGAAAUGUGACAGUUAUUCUGGGUGUUAACGGCUUUGUCUGGUUGCGGAAAACCUCAGAGAUCGACACGGCUAACAAUACAUCUAGCGUGGCCGGCAGGAACGCAGCCGCGCUUUCAGGCGCCUCGGGUGAAUAUAAACCAGGCUCCAACUCUGUGAGUAUAACGAGGCUAGAGGAGGAAUCCUCGUGGGAGAUCUACUCGGAUAAAAACGACCCUAUUUCAGAAAGCAUGAAGAGAACUAUCACCCGAUAUUCGAAUGUUAUCAAAGCUCUAGCACACUGUGAAAUUGGCCUUACAGAGGCUAGAGUGGUGGCCGCAUACGAAGCCAGCAUGACUUUCAGUCAUGUUGGAUCCCUAAUAGAGAGGGAAAACAUGGAGUCGAUAGGUCAGGAUGUUAUAAAUGCUGAGAAAAUGAGGGGAAACUCUUGA